UGACCCCAGCUGCCAUGAAAUAUGAAAUGAAUGAAUCCAUUGGGUUGUCGGCCGUCAUCUGUCAUGUCAUUUACGCAUCGACGACGACUUCAUCUACAGAGAUAAGAGGUUGUGUGGUGAGAGGAUUCGAUAAGUAAAUUCCACAUAUUUAGGCAAGUGUAUAAGUGGCCAACAUGGGAUUCGUAUUUGGUAUUGUGAAGUGGAUAAUAAAAUGUUUCUUAUUGUUCAUCAUAUUCGCAGCAAUAAUUGUUCUCAUUCCAAAUUUGCCUCCUUACACGAAAUUCACUAGCAUAACAUUAGAUCCGGGUUUACCUCUAGUUGGUCCAUUAGCGUGGAACAAUGCUCUCGAUAACCCAGACUUACUUUAUAAGGGCAAAGUUUUGGGACCAGAAGCUUUUAAGGUCCACAACGGAGAAGUGUAUACAAGCCUUGCCACAGGAGAAAUCGUGAAAUUCACCCCAGGAGGACAUAUUAUCUUUGUGACGAAAAUAGGAGAACCAUGUGCCGGCUUGAUUGAAGAACACAAAUGCGGCCGGCCAUUAGGCUUUGCGAUAGACGCGAAGACAAAUGAAUUGUAUGUUUGUGAUGCUUAUCACGGCAUCUGGAAGGUCGAUCUGAAGAACGACAAGAAGCAGUUGCUGGUGUCCCCGCGCAAGCCGGUCGGGGGGAAGAGGCCUAUGCUUAUCAACUCCAUAGCUUUGGCGGAAAAUGGAGAUUUUUACUGGACAGAUUCCACCAGCGAUUUCCACCUGAAAGAUGGAGCUUACGCAUUGCUCACUGAUCCUUCUGGAAGACUGUUCUACUAUAAUGCGGCCAAAAACGAAAGCAAGGUGUUAUUGGACAAGCUUUGGUUCGCAAACGGCGUCGCAAUAUCUCCGGACAAACAAUUUGUUGUCGUUUCAGAAACUUCGCGCUUCCGCUUAGUUAAAUUGUACAUCAGCGGGCCCAAGAAAGGGAAGUCUGAAGUGUUCAUCUCUGGAUUACCAGGCACUCCCGACAACGUGCAAGUGUUGCCGGACGGCUCCGGGCUGCUGGUGUCGCUGUACAGCACCUACGACGAGGAGCACCCCAUCCUGAGCCGCACCAUGACGCAAGUGCCCCUCCUACGCAAGUUCCUAGUGAGGUUGCAACAUCUCAUUGAAUUGUCCUUCGAAUUCCUCAACAAACAUUUCCCAAAUGUCAUCUUUGCCGAGAUUGUCCACCAUUGUGGUCACUUCAAAAGUAUUGGUCCGUUCGUAUGGGACAGGGCCGGCAUAGUGCAAGUAGAUUGGAAUGGCAAUGUAGUAGCAGCUUAUUACAGCGAAAACCCGAACAUUCCCCAUAUGAGUGAUGCAAUCGUUUUCAAUGACAAGUUGUACAUCGGUGCCCCUCACGAACAAGACUUCAUCGCCGCCGUGCCCGCCCCGCCGGCGUUGUUGAAGGCAUAUGCUACAGCCGGGAAAGUCCCUAAACCGGCCCAACAAUUUAAAGCAGAACCAGUUAGGGCUGAACCGAAGCCUAAAGUGGAGGAAAAUAAAGUACCACCUAAACAGGAGAAAGAACAACCAAAAGCGAAGCCAACUGAGGCAACCAAGGCGACCACGACGACAACACCCAAACCGACAUCGACACCGAAACCUACAGAAGCGCCCACCACAGCCAAGCCGGUGACCACAGCUCCGAGCGCCGCCAAGGUGACCCCGCCGCCAGCGAGAGACCAGAACAAAUCCAAACCGUCAACGCCGAAGACCGAGGCUCCGGCCCAGAAUCUCAAACAGGAAACCAAAAAGCCUGAGACUGUGACACAAAAACCUCCAAAGGCUAGCGAUAGCGGUAAACCCGCGAAACAGAUCCCAAUAAAAGAAGAGAUCCCUUCAGACAUAGCCAAGCCCAGCAAGGAAACUUUGAAAGUAAUCACAAAAGGCGGUCCCACAGAGAUUCCUAAUCCUGGAGUGUAGUAAAUUAAUGGUUGUGUAUUAUUAGAACGAGAAGACUUUUUUUAUUAUAUAUGUAAAUUAAAUUCAAAGUUAAUAUAUGUAAAUGUUUAUUAAAUUCAAAGUUAAGAUUUCGAUAAAUAUUCAAAAUUUUAUUUAUAUUGCUUUAUAAUAUCAUUUCUCGAUUUACAAAGUGUGGUAAGUAGUUUGAGAGUGUAAGUUAUAUGAGCGAGUAUCUACACUGAAAAGAAAACGACAUACUGACUUAACGACGGGUGUUGUUGUAAAAGCGAAGCUAUCUGUCGGGCUAUUUGCCUGCCAAUAUGGAGGUUUGUAACAUUUUACGAAUUUGGUUUUGGUACAAAUCAUUUCUUUAAUUUGUAUUUGUUUCUAAUAACAGAAGAUGUAUAUACUUACAUGGCUAGUUAGUAUUAUAGUGCUCAUUAAAACAACGAUCUCCAUAUUGAGCGGGCAUAGCGAAAAUUCAAUACCAAUAGUGUGUCUCGGUCGUAUAAUGUCGUCAUCUACAUUCUUCCUGUAUAUAAUGUUAAUAACAUUCCAAAUUCGAAGGACCAUUUGAAUGUUCAGAGUGUUCAAUCGUGGUUAAAGUUAUUUUAUCAUAUUAUGUUAACUUAUUAUUUUUAUUAUUUUAUAUUAUUGAUCGAUCUCUAAUAAUUCUCACUUUUUUGUAUUGUUAUACUUUAUAGUUUGAUAGUUACCAGACACCCAAAUGUGCAAUAAAUUAAGUCCACCAACUUCAUUACAAUGUAAAUCAAAUGAACAAAAAUGUUACGUACCAAUGUCAGGCAUAUCACGAGAAAUGUUAUUUUUUAUAUUGUAGGCCAAUAUUAUAAGAGUUACAUUUAUGUUAAAAUGUUCGACAUACACAAGUUUUUAAAGUACACAACGUUUAUUAAAUCUUAAUUAUUAUUGUUGUUAGUCCAUAAUUUUGUAUUCAAUGCAAAAAAGCAAUAUUUGUAUUUAUAAGCAAUAAAUAUGUUUUUGUAUAAA